AUGUCCUCCUUCCUCCGUGGCUUCAACGCCGACGACCAGCCCUCCCGCGGCAACACCAUUGUCCCCGACGUCCAUCCUCGCCACCGCACGCCUCUACUCCCCCGCCUCGCUGCCGCGCCGCCCACGCACGAUGAGCCCACUCUCCUCCGCUUCCUGCGCGCUCGCCGCUUCGAGCCCCAGAAGGCUAUGAAGCAGUUCGCCGACGCCGAGGCAUGGCGCACCAAGCACAACGUGGACACCCUCUUCGCCAACUUCCCCACCGACGAGCUGGAGUCUACACGCAGGUUUUAUCCGCGCUGGACCGGCCGGCGCGACAAGAACGGGCUGCCGGUGUACGUGUACCGCAUCGCGUCCCUCACGCCGUCCAUCCAGAGGGAGCUCAGCGCCGCGCCACCCGAGCGCCGCUACCAGCGCAUCGUGGUCCUGUACGAAUGCAUGACCAAGUUCGUGUUCCGCCUCUGCUCCGCCCUCCCGCACCCCACCGCGCCGACCCCGAUCUCGUCCGUGACGACGAUCAUCGACUUCGACCAGGUAUCGCUCUCCCUCCUCUGGUCCCUCCGCGCCCACCUCCAGGAGGCCUCUACGCUCGCGACGGCCAACUACCCCGAGACGCUCAGCACGAUCGCGGUCGUCAACACGCCCUCUUUCUUCCCCACCGUCUGGGGCUGGAUCAAGCCUUGGUUCGACGAAGGCACGCGCCGCAAGGUGCACGUUCUCGGCAAGGACCCCGGCGUCGCCCUCCGCACGCUCAUCGACCCCCGCGACCUGCCCAAGCCGUACGGCGGCGAUCUCGAGUGGAAGUACGAGGACGAGCCCGCGCUCGACGACGCCACCAAGGACACGAUCGGCGAGAUGCCCCGCGGCCCGGCCGUGUACGAGGACGGCAAGGUCGUCCGCCCCACCACACCUGCAGCUGCGCCCUCCGCAGAACCAGACAAGGCGGACGAAGCUCGGUCGUAG